AUGCGAUUGAAUAAGCGAGCCUCACCAUUCGAGAUCGAAUCUUUCCUGAAAAGCAAGGGACUUGAGAUAAAGAAGUGGCAAUGUCGCCUCGAUCGCUUCACCUUUCAAAACGAUACAAGGUGCUUCAUUGAGCUUGCCACCGAGGAGCAAGCUCAGAAAGCUAUUGAAGCGUUGAAUGGAAUCGAGUUUAUGCACAAAAGCAUCGUUGUAGCACCUAUGAAAGAUGGCUUUGUGUGGGCAAAAAAACCUGAAUCGUCCCAUGACAGCUACUUCUUUGACGUCAACGAAGUCAGUCCGUCUGAGGCACUCAAGCCCCUACUAGAGGAGCGACGCCUUAUGUUUUCAGUCCAACCUCCAGGCUGGGGCCCGAAAAUUGGAGGGUCUGGCCACAACGAUAUUGCUAGGCAUCACAUGGAAAGACAUCUCGGCCAAUUUGGCAUCACUUGUUUCAGUAAGCUGGCUCCUUUCUACGGAGACCUUAAGCAAAGGCCACGAAUGCUCUGCUUCAUAGACUUUGAAACAAAGAGUGGCGCCGAUCAAGCUGUACGAGCUUUUGACGACAAGGAAAUGGAGGGAUGCAAAGUUCGGCUCCAACCAUGUAAGCUAGCACCGUGGAGAGCUCAUCAAGUUGGCAAGGUAGACAAGGCUCUACUAAGUCAGCUGCAAGAGAAGGGUCUAGCGUCGACAGAGCCAUAUGAGGACAAAUUUGUCAAUUCAGAUAGGACAAAGGGUGCGAAGUAUCACAAGAUGACACAGACCCAGCGCAUGGAAGCUAUUGCGGCUGAGAAAGAGAACGGAGGAAAGAAUGCCAAGGAAGAGGGAACAAAGAAGGAAGCGAAGGUGACAGAAUAG